AUGUUCCUCGCUCAACGAGUCCUCGCUCAGGAAGACACAGCAAACUCAGCAUUGAAACACAUGCGACGAGUGCACUCGAAGAUCUUCCAGCAGUGGGGCAAGGGGCUUUCUGAGGCUCAGCAGAGAGAGGCCCAGGACUUGUUCCUGGAGUUUGGUUGCAGCGUGUUCCUCAGCAAUCAGACGCCCUAUAAUGGCAGCAUCCCUGAUACCCACAAUGCCAGGAAGCCCCGCCCAUCAUUGAGAGGCGCCAUCACCAGCGUCAUCAACCUCCCACCCCAUCUGCUGAAGAUCGUCCUGGUGGAUGACUUCAGCUCCCACGGGGAGGCAGCUGUGCACAUGGAUGAGAAGUUUCAGGUUUACAACCAGAACUAUCCAAUCCUACUGAGAGUACUUAUAAGGCACACAAAGAGAAGAGGUCUUGCACACGCCCCAAACACUGGCCUGGAAGCUGCUACAGCUGACGUGGUGGCCAUCUUGGAUGCUCCAGUUGAUGUGAACAUUGGGUGGGCUCCUGUGUCUGAUGAUAUUAAUUUCGAUACAUCUGAACUGAAAAAGUAUGUGCUGGCAGCAGAUGGGUUUGUGUGGAAGCUGUGGUACCACUAUGAUCCUAGCUCUCGAGCCUGGAUUGAUCUGGGUGAUGCCUCUGUUCCGAUCAGGAGUCUUUCCCUCGUAGGCAUCGUGGCCACCAACAGGAUCUUCUUGGAAGGGAUCGGGGCUCUGGAUGGUGGGAUGCUGCUCUGUGGAGGUCAGAAUGUGGAACUUGGCCUGAGGGGCCUCGUAUUACUUUUGGCCUUGAAAUAUACUCUCACUGGGUUGACAUUUGCUUCCAGAAAGGAACUCUGGGAGAAACUGAAAUGCAAAACUUUUGUCUGGUAUCUGAAGAUUGUUAUGAAAAAUUCAUUGGAUGGAAGUGUUUGCCUGGACGGAGGACCUGCGCCAGGCAAUUCUCCCAGAAUGGAACCUUGCCACGACUUCACUGUACAGGUGAACGCCAACUCUCUUGGUUAUGAAAUACCAGCUUCCUGCAUUCUAGGCAAGGACUUCCUCCGGGCUUGUGUCUUAGGCUACUCGGGUGGGACCACGCUGUCCCCUGGGGGAGAUGCCAAGUUGCCUGUGAUCCUGUCUCCGAACAGCUACCUACUGUAUUAG